AUGAUGUCACAUAUUUUAUUACCAUAUGCUCAAAGAAGUAUAGAUGAUUAUGAUGACAAUUUUUGUUCAACACCUGCCUGCAUGGAAAUAGCUAGAAGCAUAAAAGCAAAGAUGAAUGAUAGUGCUGAUUAUUGUGAUGAUUUUUAUAAUUAUGUUUGUGGAGGCUUUGUUAAUUCAACGUUGAUACCUGAUGACAAGAACAGCGUUAGUAUUGCUACUCCAUUGGAAGACAUAGUUUUAAAGCAACUAAACACAAUUAUCUCGAGACCCAGUCAACCAGAUGAGCCUGAAAUCUUCAAGUUAGCAAAAAGUUUGUACAAAAUAUGCAUGGAUAUAGAUGCAAUUGAAGAGCAAGGUGUAAAACCACUCUUUGAUUAUGUGGAACAACUUGGUGGCUGGCCUGUUCUCAAAAAAGACAAUGAAUGGAACGAGAGUUUAUUCAAUUGGAAAGAAAAUAUUGCUCAGAUAUCGAAAAAUAAAUUUUGGUUAACUAGUUUUUUUCGAUUUUAUAAAACAGUUGACAUUAAAAAUAACACACGAAGAGUCAUCGGUUUGAGUGAUUAUAAUGCACGACUGGCUCGAGAGAAUUUAGUAAAAGGUCUAGAAGAUAAAUCUGUUAUAAAUUAUUUUAAUUAUAUGGUUAACAUGUCCGUUGCAUUGGGAGCUGAGCAAGAACAUGCUGAAGAAGAACUUAAAGAAGCUCUCGAGUUUGAAAUAAAAUUAACAAAUUUAACUCGACCAAAUGAAGACUAUCGUGAUAAAAAUUUAGCUUACAAUCCAAUGACUCUUGGUGAUUUGGCCAAAAAAUAUCCUUACUUUGAAUGGAAAAAAUAUUUAAAUCAUCUACUUUCACCAUCAAAUAUAUCAGUUAACGAUGACGAAAUAAUUAUUGUCACUAAACCUGGAUACUUUGAUAAAUUAGAUAAAUUAAUAGAUUCAACACCCAAAAAAAUUCAAGCUAAUUUAGUUAUAUGGAAGGAGAUUCGGCGUUUGUCUAGAUACUUGAACGAAAAUAUUCGAAAAGUAAACGUAAAUUAUGAAAAAAUCAAAACUGGAAUAAUAAAAAUUACACCAAGAUGGAUGAAAUGCACUCAUACUGUUUCUUCUACUUUUUCAAUAGCCACAAAUGCAUUAUAUGUUCGUGAAUAUUUUAAAAAAGAAUCCAAAGAUAAUGUUGCCGUUAUGGUAAAAAAUAUACACAAUCAAUUUAUAAAAUUGCUAAAUAGUACCAGUUGGCUGGAUGAAGAAACAAGAAUAAAUGCCAUAAAAAAAGCUGAAAAAAUAAAUCAAUUUGUUGCUUAUCCUGAUGAGCUUUUAAAUAAUUCAAUAAUUAAUGAUUAUCAUAAAGCCUUUGAAAAUUUUGAAAUGAUUGGUGAUAGUUAUGUAGAAAGCUUCUUGAACUUGGGUUUUUUUGUAAAUAAAAUUGGGUGGAGUGAAUUCAGAGAAAAAUAUGUUCCAAAUAUGUGGGAUAGUUUUGCAGCUAUGUCAAGUAUGGUAAAUGCAUUUUACAGUCCACCUGAAAAUUCAAUAAUGCUUCCUGCUGGCAUUCUUCAAGGUGAAUUUUUUAAUAAUGAACUUCCAAAGUACAUGAAUUAUGGUGCAAUUGGAGGAGUUGUUGGACAUGAAAUAAUGCAUGCUUUUGAUGAUCAAGGAAAACAAUUCGAUGCUUAUGGAAAUGUGUUGAAUUGGUGGUCAAAUUCAACAAAUGAACAGUAUAAGAAAAAAGCUCAAUGUAUUAUUGAUCAAUAUGGAAAUUAUACUAUCAAAGAAAUUAAUUUAAAUAUAAAUGGAAUCAACACACAAGGAGAAAAUAUUGCAGAUAAUGGAGGAAUAAAAGCUGCUUAUUUGGCUUACAAUGCUUGGUCAAAUAAUAAUGAAUUGGAAAAAAAACUUCCUGGGUUUGAUUUCAAUCAUAGACAAAUGUUUUGGAUAUCUUAUGCAAAUACAUGGUGUGCUAAAACUCGUCGUGAAACUCAAAAGCUUAAAUUAACAACUGACACUCAUAGUCCAUCAGAAUUUCGAGUCAAUGGACCUCUAUCAAAUACAGAAGAAUUUUCAACAGACUUUGGAUGUCCCAUAGGCUCUAAAAUGAAUCCAGAAAAAAAAUGCACUAUUUGGUAG